AUGUCGAACGGGGGGAGUAGCAUUUUCGAUUAUCCGACGAAAACUGUAUUGAAGAUGAUUAGGUAUAGAUUCAAUCCCUCUUCAGUCUCCGGUUUGAAUAAAUUCAACUUCAUAGUGAAAAGAUGGGUAAAUAACUAAGCAACGAAUCUACUAGUGUUACCUGCAGAUUGGCAUUUCAAAUAGGUCUUCCAUGAUAGCAUUGUUUAUUUUUCUGUCCUUUUUUUGUAUCUUAUGUGGUUUUGCUAGAAUUUAUCCGUAUCUGUCGGCAUUUUUCUUGAAAUUGCUAGCCAUGCUAAUUUUUUAACAUUUUUCUUCUUGGAGUACUGGAAGUUUCACACAUCAUGAAAACCAGCAACAUGAUCUGCAUACUGCUAUGACCGGUAGCUACAGUGCUGUUCUUGACAUAUACUUUUGGUUCAAACUUUUUUGGAUUUUAACGUGUUCUCUCCACUUACAUUAUGUAAUUUGGAGUUGGAAUCAAUUGCAUACUUUCUUCUUUACUGGAGUUGGAGGUUUGGUUUUAGGAUUCCUUGUUUUGGAUUGCUUAGAAAGAAAAGAAAGGAUGGACAUCGGGAGAUGUAACAGAAGGGGGAGUGGGAUGCGAUUAGAAAUAGGAAAGCCAAGAUCAUGGUGAAAUGAACCUGGAUGCAGUAGGAUUAAUGUCAUUAUAUGCUCAAAUCUGCGGGCAAUGGCUGGCCAAAUUAAAAAAUGGCUCUCAUUGAUGGACAUAUCAGGAGAUGCAUUAGAUUACUGGAACGUUUGUUCACGAACUCUAAUGGUAACGUGGGGAAAUUUCAACAAAGGACAACGAGCUGUUUCAUUGGUUCCCUUUAUUUUAUUUUUCUGCACAAAAUUAUGCGAUACUUGUGUAUUGAGUUUGAUUCUUGAUCCCGUGUCCGAAGUCUACAUGGAUAACUUAGGCAUGCCUGAACGUUUUUCAGGACGGAUAUUGGCCUUGCAAGAAAGAAGCCAUGCAGGAGUACUGUUCCAGGACGCUAUCUCCUUGCUGAUGACAAAGGUAAUAAUUCCCUUGUUAUCGUAGAUCAGCAUGCCACGGUGAAUAUGCACCCAGUACUCACCGCCUGUCACUAUAGGUCUACAUAAAUAAGAUCUUCUGAUUAUAUAAAUGUUUUUAGAUGUAGCUCUUUCUAUGUCAAAAUGAUCGUCAUCCCAGUUUUUAUGUUUAGAAAAUUGCAAUGGUUGGCUAUAAUUAAAAUGCUAUAAUAGGCAUACCGUACUUGAACCCUGAUAAGCGACUUAUGAAAACUACUAUACAGACAAAAAAAUGAUAAUUUUUGUAUAUGGUGCAUAGCAUUCGCAGAAAUUUUCAUAGUAUGAUUUGGUUUGUUGUUUAAAUGUUAACGAAAAUGAGAGAAUUUUAACUUAAAUAUCUGAAUUGGCUCAUCAUUUCUCAGGCUAUGUUUGCACUGCUCUCUCCAUUGAUCCAGAAUCUCACUGCUGUCUUGAAACGGGAGAAAAGUUUUCUUGUCAGUGAGUUUUUUUUCUUGGCUCCAUAUUGCAUAGUCAUUUGGACCUCUAGAGUGAACAUAACACUUCAUUCCAAAUUGGAGCAGGGGUUGUAACCUUAUUUCCCAAUGCUGCAAUUCUUACGAAUUUUGCGUGUCUUGCUGCCUCAGUCCAUAUCGGGUACAUACCCAAAUAAUGUUGCUCAUGAAAUUAUUUGGUAUAAGAAAAGCUAUGAUCCAAUGUUUGGAUUUAUGUUUUACAGACUGCAAAAGAGCUUGCUUUGAAGAUCAAGAUAGGAAAGCCAGUAACUGCGGGUAACACUCUUAUGUUACAUGAAAAUUUGUUUAUUUUACCUUAAUUAGUAAUUUGUUUUUUACUUUGGUUCUGACAGGCAACUAUGGGAAUGUUUUUGACUUUUGCGCUGGAAGGUGUCGUCAUAGUUCUGCGAGUGUGGUACCUUAUUUGUCCAUUAGACCUAGUUUCACUGACAUGCGGAUUAUAUUUCACUCUCUUGGGAGAUGGAUUAUAUAUGUGAACCUUUGGAAAUUUAUAAAAUGAACUUAUCUAGAGACAAUGCAUAAAAUUCAUUAGUUUCUUUUUUUCUUAGUCCCAAUCAUUUCAUUGUAACCUUUUUUUUUCCUCUCGCUUCUCAAUCUGCGGUUGUAUUUUUAUUUCGAAUUUGGAAAAUGUGGCAUUGAUCCUUAAUCGUUCCUGGCAUUUCAGGUCCAUGAGAAUGCUUAUGCAAGCGAUUUUCAUCACUGUUUUUCUCUACCCUCAAAUUCUUCGGGUGAGCAAUUUCCUUUCUGUAUUUUAUCAUGUUGGCCUUUAUGUGGUCCCGUCUUUGAUACAAAUCCUACUGUUUUUGCAUGGGUCGCUUUUUGUUGAACUUAGUAUAUUGUGCAUGUAUAUAUUUCAAUCCACUCUCGUUCCUUAAUCUUCCCUUUUGUUGCCAUCUGAAACUUCAGUUUUCCGUUUCCUACUAUAAAUGACUUUGUGUGUGCUUUCGGAUGACAAAAUUUGUAUUGCUGUGGCUGAUUUAUCUUUAUUUGAAUUGGAUUUUCUUUGUGCAACUCUCAUUGCUCGCUUGUAGGGGGCGUCUCAGAAGAAUUUUCUGAAGCAAGGCUAGCUGGCAUCAAUAUUGUCGUUGGAAGGUAGGAUUUAUUUAUAAUAUUAUAGAAGCUUCUCCAUAAUCUCUUUUUUUUUUUGUUAACCAUUAAUUUUCCUGCCAGUCAAGGGGAGAACUGCAACUCAGUCUGCAAGUCUAGGAGACAAUCAUGUGUCCCGAACAAGCUUCCUGUGCUGAACAAAUGUGAUUAGUAAGUUUUUGAGUGAAUUCUUUUUGGGUAGAUUACUCUCUCCGUGGAAUAUUGAAUUCGAAGUUCUCGUGUUGAUCACUAUUUAUAUAAAGCAAAAGAAUUUAUAUGCAUUCCAGAGUUUAUACAACAUUCUCUACAAUCAAGUUGCUCUUGAUCAGAACAUUAGUUAAGUUAUAGAGAGAACACAUGUACACAUUUUUGAAAUCGCUGGUCAUUGAACUAUCUGAUAGACUUGUUCUUUCUAAAUAUUAGACAAUGCUGGAACCAACUGUAUAGGCAUGCAAUUGUCAGACAUAAAUCCCUAGCCAACAUGAGCGACUGAGAACAUGGCAACGUGUCUUGUGAUGCAAUGACAAUGGUUCCUGAAAACAUAAAAGAAAAAAGAAGAAAUCGGAGGAGAAUAGGAUCAAUAGAACAACAGAGAAAAUAAGAAAGAUCACAAGACACGUUGGAUCUAAAGUACUAUUUAGCUGGAUUUUAUUAUUUCACUGCUUCAUAGAUGUAGACUGCUUUGAUGAUUUUCAGGGAUCAAUUUAUUUGAUUUAUUAUGGCGUUCAAAGAACUUUCUGGAUAAUCUAAGGGUUUUAACAAGUUGUCCUUCUUUAUUUAAGUCUUCGGAGACACAUGAGCUGCAAGAGUGGAUGCUUGACUAGCGUGGGAGCUGAUCAACCGGCAGAGGUCGUCGAUGAUGCUCCAACCGACUUGGUAUGCCUUCUUUCAUUCAAGUUCGUGCACGCUGAUCUGUUUUCCUCCCUCAUGCUACUGAUUUCCUAUCCUCUCUGCUAACAUUGGAUGGCUACCUUAUAUGAAGAGAUCAGAAUAAGUAUUCGUAGAAUUCAUCUGAAGGGAAUGCAAUCUAGUAAGAACAAUGAGAUAUGGCAAGAUCUUGCAUUAAUUCUGAAUUAGAUGCAGUAAAUAGCUCGUUUGGGUCACAAACCAGAUCAGAUUUGCAUGGGGAGCUCAGUUGCCACACAUCAUUAGCCUCCUAAACCAGAAAUCAUGGCGGGCCAUUCAUUCUUCUGUGAGAAACAGUACCUUCUUUCAUUAAUUGAAAGCCCUGACGAUGCAAUGAAAAGAUCUGAAAUCCUCACACAGCUCUACAUCAGAUGCUCUAUCUAGGAUGAUCAGUUCUUAAAUUCUCUCCUGGAGCACUCUGGGCAGAAGGAUUUGGUGAUCUUAAGUAGUCAACUCUUUCCAAGAUCCCCCUCGGGUUUGGGAAUAUUCAGGAACAGAAGGGUCAACUAGUUUGUGUUUAUAAAAUUCCCCCUAUUUUGCCAGAGUUAGCAACUGGCAACUCAUUUUCUCUCUCACCUCUAACUGCCCUCUUUGCUGAGGCUCCUGCUGCGUUGACCGAUCGGUAUUGAAUCCCUCCCCCGGUUUCUUUCAGAAUCCUGGCGCGUGCUUGUUCACCCGGCUGGAGUCUAUGCUGUCGUGCGAUGGAUCGCAUCAGUACACCCGGAGAUUGUGCCCAUGUGCGUGA